AUGGAUGAUGCCACAGUCGAGCGCUGGAAUCGUGCUCUUAAGGAGACCGGCUUCCCACUUUCUCAAAUGCUCCCGCAUGGGUCUUACCUGAUGAAUCCUGGCUCUCCUGAUCCAGAGAAGUUAGAAAAAACCAGAACGGCCAUGCUGGAUGAGUGCAAGCGUUGUGAACGGUUAGGGAUCGGAAUGUAUAAUUUUCAUCCAGGCUCUACCACAGGCAUUGGUACAGUGGAGCAAUGUCUCAAAACAGUUGCUGAAACCAUCGACUACAUUGUCGAUAAUACUGACUUCAUCGUAAUGGUAAUAGAGACUAUGGCUGCCCAAGGUCAUACUGUCGGAUCGACAUUUGAAGAGAUUCGCGACAUUAUAUCGAUGGUAGGUGAUUUGACUAGCAUAACUGCUAUCAAAUUGACAUAG